CUCCCUUCUUCCCCACCGAGACUUCUCUGCCUUGCUUGAGCUGGACUCUAAACCUCUCCACUCCUGAAGGCGGGGCCAGCCACCCUGAGCAUGAUAAAACCCAAAUGGGGGGGUCUGGUGUGGGCACAGCCCUGGCAUGGCCCUCUGGCACCUUACCCUUUGCCAGCUCCAUGCCCAGCCCUGUGGAUGCAUCCUCAGCAGACGGUGGCAGCGGGUUGGGUUCCCACCGGAGAAAGCGGACCACCUUCAGCAAAGGGCAGCUGCUGGAGCUGGAGAGGGCGUUUGCAGCAUGGCCCUACCCCAACAUCAGCACCCGUGAGCACCUGGCCUGGGUCACUCGCCUUCCUGAGGCCAAGGUACAGGUGUGGUUCCAGAAGCGCCGGGCCAAAAUGAUCAAGAACAGGAAGUCAGGAAUUCUAAGCCCCGGGUCUGAGUGCCCCGAGAGCUCCUGUUCUCUUCCAGACACCCUCCAGCAGCCCUGGGAUCCCCAAAUGCCAGGCCAACCUCCACCCUCCAGCGGCACACCUCAGCGCACCUCAGUGUGUCGACAUAGCUCCUGUUCAGCUCCUGGCUUGGGUCCAGGGCAGGGCUGGGAAGGGGCUAAAGCUGUAGCCCCAUGGGGACCAGCUGGGGCUUCAGAGGUCCACCCUUCUUUAGAGCGAGCUACUCCCCAGACUUCACUAGGCAGCCUGUCUGACCUCAUCUAUGCCUCGGCCAUUGUCGUCAAUGUGGACCACUCCUAGUCUUUGUCCAGAACUUGCAAGGCCCCUCCUCCUCUGACUCCUGUGGCCCACCCUGCCCCUCCUGGGAUUGAACACAUCAGAAGUGGAUCCCCUGGCCCCACUUUUUAUGCAAAGGGAUUCCCUAUGGGAAAGGAGUUUAGCUCAGGCAUCCCUCCCUUCCACUGGCCUCCAGGCCAGCCUAGAUGCAGGUCCUAAGCAGACUGGGGCCUGGCUCCUGCCACCCCACACCCUGACCCCUUUGGGGCAUAUGCUCAUUGUUGUGGCAGGUGGUACCUUCAGAAGGAUGAGAUGAGGGUCAUGUUUUCCUCCACUCUUGCCAGGCCUGGUCCCCAGUUCUCACCAGCUGAUGGCCUCCUCCUUCUGAAGGGGCAGGCUCCUGUUUCCUGAGGUGUCUCCAGGCCAUUACCUUGCUAACUGCUAAGUGAGGUAGGAGAGGAGAGUGCUGCUCCUCAUCUAGACUGCUGGAGAGCCAACUUCUUUAUGGGUCAGGGCCCCCUCUCUUGACCAUCGACCACCUGGACAAAUUAAUCAGAACUAUGGAUGUGAAGAAGGAGUGGCAUUAAAGUAAUGAAGCAAAGAUAGGAAGCUGGGGCUUAUGUUGAUUUAAUUUUCACAAAGAUCAGAUUGGAUGCCCUCUGAUGUGGGGCUGUGGAGACAACCUGACAGAUCUGGGAUGGAGGCAGGUACAGCAGCAUUGGGUUUUGGUAUCACCAUCAUCUGUAAUACCAACUAAUCUCCAAAUAAAACCCAAACUCUGUACCUUAAUCUGGAUUGUUGUGCUCUGCAAAUGAAUGGGGACAAGGGCCGUUUGCCAUGGAAAUUUAUCUCCAUCACCUAAUCCCUAAAUAGGGCCAGGUUCCACACAGAUACCUCUGGUGGGAGGUAUUACCCAGGCUUCAGCUGGGAUUAGAGGGAUAGUUAAUUGAAGGGUUUAGGACUCUGACUGACAAGACCCUGGGGAGAUGAGAGCCUCUGCUAGCACCCCCUGCUCCUGGUCCCACUGAAUCUAGGACAUUCCAGUCACCUCCACCUCUGGAGCUGCUCUGCUUUGGAAAGAAAACCAUGGUGUUUGCAGUCUGCACUGGAUUCAAAUCCUGACUUUGCGAUGUAACUGUGGCAACUCUGGAACUCUAUGUGACUAAAAAAUGGGGAUACUUAUUUGCUCUCUGUUUGGGGUAUAAGAAAUAAUGUAGGUAAAGGGCUUUACAUGGUGUGUAACACAUCGUAAAAACUCAGUAAACGCUAGUUCCCUCUCCAGACAGGCCCUAAGAAACUGGGAAGGCCCUAAACUUCUUGUUCUUCCCACCUCCUGCCAAGCAGUCCCUGGACCCAGAGUGCAUUACAGAAAGCAUGGCACAGUGAGGCAGGAGUGGCUAGCAGAUGAGAGAGCUCCCUUCUAUAUGCUGAGAACUGGAGGAUAGGGCAUUUGGUUCUCCCCUCCCAGUGCCCCCUGCUUUUUUAUUGAGACAAGGUCUCACUCUGUCAUCCAGGCUAGAGUGCAAUAGCAUGAUCUUGGCUUACUCAGCUUACUGCAACCUCUGCCUCCCAGGCUCAAGUGAUCCUCCCACCUUAGCCUCCCGAGUAGCUGGGACUACAGGCAUGCGCUACCAUGUCAGCUAAUUUUUGCGUUUUUUUGUAGAGAUGGGCUUUCGCCAUGUUGCCCAGGCUGGUCUCGAACUCCUGAACUCAAGCAUCCUCCCACCUUGGUCUCCCAAAGUGCUGGGAUUACAGGCAUGUACCACCACGCCUGGCUAAUUUUUUUGUAUUUUUAGUAAAGAUGGGGUUUCGCUAUGUUGGCCAUGCUGGUCUUAAACUCCCAACCUCAAGUGAUCCGCCUGCCUCAGCCUCCCAAAAUGCUAGGAUUACAGGUGUGAGCCACCUCACCUGGCCCAGUGUAGCUUUUUAACACAAAUUUUAUAUAGCUCA